AUGACUACUAUAGUAACCACCACAACAACAACAACAAAAGAUUCACUAUCACCAACUUCAUCAAUUAAUUAUACAGUCAGUCCUCCAUCAACUACAUCAUCAUCUCCAAUACUAUUUUAUCAACAAAAUUCUUCAUCAUCUUCAGAUAAUAAUUUAAGAAAUUCAUCAACUGAUUCAAUAGAUACUUUAAAAUCAACUACAUCAACUAUAAAAUUUGGAAAAUCAAAUUCUGAAGAACCUCCUUCAUCACCAAUAAUAAAUAAAACUUCAAUACCUAUACAAAUCACUGCACCAUCUCCAAAAUCAAUUUCAACUAUCAAAGAACCACUCAAGAAGAAAUUUAAUUUACCAAAUUAUUAUGUACCACCAAAAAAUUUACAAUCACAACCACAACAACCACAACCACAAUCACAACCACAAUCACAACAACAAUCACAACAAUUAUCAUCAUCAAAUAAUUCAACUACUUCAUCAUCAAACUCUUCAUUAUUAUCAUUAAAUGAAAUUGCACAACAAGUACAAUCACAACAACAACAACAAUCAAAACCAAAAUUAUUACAUAAAAAAUCAGGUGAAUUAAUUAAAUCUUCGUUAAAAUUAUCUCCACAUUCAUUAUUACAAAGAUCUAUAUCUUCUCCAAAUAUUAUUCAAAAUAAGACUAAUCAUAAUUCAAUAUCAAGUCCAAGAAAAUCUGUUCGUUUUGCAUCAAGAUUGAUAAAUGUUAAAAUGUUUGAUGGUUGUGAAUCUCCAGCAUCAGUAUCAAGUUUAAAUAGUCCUUGUGAUUCACCACCAAAUGAAUUAUCAACAAGAAGAAAGAAAUUAUAUAGUGUUGAAGAUUUCCCAGAUUUUGAUGAUCAAAAUUACCCAUCACAUAAUCGUCAUAACCUUGAUAAUGAUCAAGAUGAUUCAUUAUUAGAAGGUUCAAAAUAUUUUAAUAGACCAAGAAGUGAUUAUUUUGAUUUUGAAUGGAAUUGGAAUAAAUCAGAUGAUGAUGAAGAAGAAGAAGAAGAAGAAACUGAUUUAGAAAGAGAAGAUGAUACAACUGAAGAUGAAGAUGACACAAAAUUAAAAGAAUAUAGAUUAAUUGAUCAUAAUAUUCCAAAAUUACCUUCUACAAAAAGUAAUAAUAAAAUUUGGUUAACUUCAGCAUAUAUUAUGAAAUCAAAUAUUAAUUCGAUUCAAUCAAAACAAUUUUUAAAUGGUAUUUUCCAAGUUUCAAAUUUAGGUUUCGAAAAAAAAUUCAUAUUAAAAUUAUCUUUUAAUAAUUGGAAAUCUAUAAUUAAUUUUGAUGGAUCAAGUAGAAUUUCAUAUAUUAGAAGUGUUACUUCAAAAAUUGAUGAAUUUAAAUUUAUGAUUAAUUUAAAUGAUUUAUUAAAUUGUUAUACUAAUGAUGAAAAUUCUACAAACAAUAACAUUACAAUUUCAUUAUGUAUAAAAUAUGAAGUUAAUGGACAAGAAUAUUGGGCAAAUAAUCAAGGUAUGAAUUAUAAUUUUAAUUUAAUUGAAAUAAAACAACAACAACAACCAAGACAAAAAAAUAAAUUUAAUAAUCAAAAAUUUAUAUCAAGAUCACAAAAUUCAUCACCAGCUCCAUUUAAAGAAAUUUGUUCAAAAUUAAUAAAACAUCAACAAGAUCAAAAAUUACAAGAUUUAAAUUUAAAUGGUAAUAAUAAUAGUAUUGCAUUGAAAUCUUUAAAUAGUAUAUCAAUGGGUAACAAUUUUGGUGAAUCAUCAAAUAAAUUAUCUAGUGGGUUAACAAGACCAACUAUAAUGAGAAAAUCAUUUUCUUCAAAUGAUGUAACUUCAAUAAAUAAUAAGCAACGUUAUUCAAAUCGUCAAAAAUCAAAAGACUCAACAACUACUACAACCACCACAGAAACUACAAAUUUAUUAAAUAGUUUAUCUAUAAAUUCAUCAUUUAGUAAUUUAUCAUACACAGAUAUUUUGAAUCAAUAUUGUUUUGCAAAUAAUAAUAAUUCAACUACAAAUAAAUUUGUAACUGGUACAAGCUCAUCAUCAUCAUCAUCAUCAAAAUCAACAACUCCCAUAACAAGUGGUCAUUGUUCACCAAUUACAUCAACUAAUGAUUCUUUAAAUAAUACUACUGCUUCUACAUUACAUUAUUUUAGUGAUUCAAUUCAUAUUUGA